CUUCGCACGCAGCAUUUUCAGAAAGAUGCUUCUGCCAUGACCAAGAAGAUAAAGCUUCUUGAAGACCAUAAAAGAAACCUAUUGGGAGAUGAUUUGGAGUCUUGUUCUAUUGAUGAGCUAGAAAAGAUAGAAGAUCAGCUGGCACAAAGUUUAACCGACAUUAAGGCAAGAAAGAAUCAGUUAUUGAGGCAGAAGAUUGAGAAGCUGAAGGAAGAGGUGGAAAUACUAGCCAAAGAAAAUGCAGAAUUAAAGAAGAUUGAAGUGCAACCACUGCCACCGUCAGUUAUACGACCAGAGGUACACCGGAGGCGAAUUUCCGACGUGGAGACGGAACUGUUUAUUGGUCCACCAUAA